AUGUACAAGAUUGGCAAAAAACAUCCUGUGAGCAGCCCUGCUUCUCCGAUGACUCCCAAUCACAGCAAAAAAGAAGAAUCGGAUGUUUCACCCUCGCACUCCAAUAGCCCUAAAUCAGACGACAUCGAGUACCAAUAUCGUAUGCGGGACACGGUCGAAGCCUUGAGGCAGCAAAACAGUGACUUGAGGGAGCAAAACAAACACCUCAGGUGGAAAAACAGAAGCUUGGAAGCGCUCGUCAACCGGCUCAAGCGUGAACUUGCUGAAUGCGAGCUGGAUCUUGAAGGUCACAGAGACCGUAUUCAAGACCUGGAGAAAGAGGUACAACGCCAUAAGGAUCUUGAUCCAUUUGCGGCUCAAGUUGCCGAGCUUCAAGACGAUAUACGAAAGCAUGAGGAGGGUGCGCGGUUAAAGCGAGAGGCAAUCGGGGAAAUUAUGAAGAUGGUCAGACAUUUUCAGUAG